AUGACAGAGAAGAGUCGACCGAUUGAAUUGCAAAUUCCCAUGCCCUGGGGUCACAUAGCCGGCUGUUGGUAUGGCGAUCCGCUGGGGCGGCCGCUGCUCGCUCUACACGGUUGGCAAGAUAAUGCGGGCAGUUUUGCACGCUUGGCGCCGCUAAUUGCAGCGCAGCGACCCAUUCUGGCGAUCGAUUUGCCCGGUCAUGGACGCUCGUCGCACUUUCCCGCCGGCAUGUCGUAUCACUUCAACGAUUUCCUACGCGUCGUGCAUCGCAUUGUUCGCCAUUACAAGUGGCGUAGCGUAUCCCUUCUGGGACAUUCGAUGGGCGCAGCUUUGAGCUUUUACUAUGCCGCACUCUUUCCGAACACUGUCGAUAUGAUCAUAGCGAUUGAUACAUUGACCACGCUAUACUUUCCGCCGCAUAUACAGAUCGAUAUGAUGACCGUGAUGACGGAGAAGUCACUGAACGAGGAAGAUCGCUUGCGUGAGCCAGCGCCAAUGCCACUUUACAGUUAUGAGAAUUUAACAGAUUUGCUCUAUCGUGGUUCAGAACAAUCUGUGGAGUUGGAGCAUUGCAAGUGUCUGUUGGAGCGUAGUGUUCGGCUCGCUGAAGGGCAAUCGGAUAUGUAUUAUUUCUCACGUGAUACCCGCGUUAAGCUCAUGGAAAUGGUUUUCACACCGCCGGAGCUGGUGCUGGCGUUGGCUGAACGCUUGCGUAAUAUUCAUUAUCUCGUCAUUAAAGCUGAGCGCUCGUACCACAUAGAGGUGGAAGAUUUAAGUGCGAUCUUUCGUAUUCUGCGUGCAAAUAAUCCCACAUUCGAGUUCCACGUCAUGAAGGGUGAGAAGCAUCAUGUUCACCUGAAUAGUCCCGACAAAGUGGCGGCGUAUGUAGUGCAUUUUCUACGUAUGUAUGGCGGAGGGUGGCAUAAACCAGCGGAGGCUAAACUGUAG